GUUGUUUCUGUUGUGUGAAUGAGAACUGUCAACGGUAGAAGGACUCACCUCGAUGUUUCCAGAUGCCGAAAUAUUACCAACUGAACAGCCAAAAUCAGAGUAGAAAAUACCAGUGACCCAUACGAGAAGGAGGAAGACUGUAAGACGAUAGUCAUCUCGUUGGCAGAACCAUCGCCAUGACGACGGUCUCCGACGUCCUCCGGUUGUGUUUCCACAGCCACGGGGACUCUGUCCUCCAGAAGAUGAACGUUCUCAGAGAUGAGCAUAGAUUCUGCGAUGUCACGCUUAUCCUGCAAGGGGCGCCAAAGCUUCGUUUCCCGGGCCACCGUGUGGUGCUAGCAGCCUCGUCCUCCUUUCUCAGAGACCAGUUCCUGCUGCGUUUGCAAGACGGGGAGGAGGAGUUGGAGCUGGGGGCAGAGGUGGUGCCCAACUCUGAGGUGGGUCGUCGGCUGCUGUUGUCCUGCUACACGGGGGUCCUGGAGGUUCCUCUGAGGGAGCUGGUGGGCUACCUAACGGCCGCUAGCGCCCUGCAGAUGAGCCAGGUGGUGGAGAGAUGUGCCCAAGCCGUGUCCCAGUACCUCAACCCCACCCUGGCCAACCUGAAGCAGGAGGUCAGCUCUGAGACCGCCACCCCCCAGCCGGACAGCGUUAGGCCCAUGGAUGAAAGCCUGGGGCUGGGCUAUGGAAAAGGGGAGGCCGGGGGGCCUGGAGGGUUCCAGCAAUGCCUAUCGGAAGACACAGAGUACUCCCUUCAGCAGGUCCACACCAACAACCCUGCACCUUACCCUAUAGGAGCCAACCGACGUAAGCAGCGCCCGCCCACACCAUGUAGGUUGAAAGACUAUAGGACGCUGUCCCCGCCAGAAAGUCCGACGCACACCUCAGGAUUGGCUGACAGCUCCCAGGGGGAGGAUCAGGAAGAGGGGCCCGGAGAGGAAGAGUACAUGCUGGCAGGUCACAUGCAAGGGGGUGGAGCCUCCCCUGACGAGUCGUAUCUCAACCUGGGUGCAGGGCUGAUGGGGGCGGACCUGGGGACUGGGCCCAUGCUGGGCCACCUAUCAGAGAGGGCAUAUCUGUGCCGCAGAUGUGACCAGGUGUUCCAGCACCUGGACAGCUACGUGCGUCACUUGAGGGAGCACCGCCAGUACUUGUGCCUGCUCUGUGGGCGGAGCUUCUCCCAGAAGAGCAACCUGACGCGACAUGUGCGUGUGCACACGGGCGUCAAACCCUUCCAGUGUCCGCUCUGCCACAAGACCUUCUCCCAGAAGGCUACGCUGCAGGACCACCUGAACCUGCACACGGGGGACAAACCUCACAAGUGUAACUACUGUGCUGUCCACUUCGCCCACAAACCGGGCCUCCGGCGCCAUCUGAAGGACAUCCAUGGGAAGAGCAGCCUGCAGAACAUCUUUGAGGAGCUGGUGGACUGAGG